UUUUCAUUACAGAAAGGGAUUAUUAAUUAUUUUUUGCCCUUUUCCAAAUUAGCGGAGCGCAAGCGCUCCUUCACAUGGUCACGCAUGACCAUACCACGGUCGGAGCACGAGGAAACCGCACGAACAUCAGCGACGGAAUCGUCGGGUUGUACACUACUUCAUUCUGUGAUCUGUUUGCUCACUCGUCAGGUAGAGCAAAUCAUUUGGGACGAUCAGUCCGAAGAAAAAUCUAUCGAUAGACCAAGAUACGUCGUUAGUCUCGUAUGAAUUUGAUGCGUAGUCGACUGCAUUUGAUGAACCCUGGUUGUUAUUAGAAGUUGGAGUUCCGAAUUGGGUCUUAAUUUGAAGCUCUCGUCUCGAGCGGUUGAGCAUGGGAGCUGUCAAAUUGGAACUUCGCGGUCCAGAAAAUGUUAAUGGGAUUGUGGCUGACCCCAAGCCAGAUUGGAGUUUUGAUACUCUGUUAUUGGAACUUAAUGCAUUGGAACACACGCUCAAUGCAUCUUCAUUGGUUCCCGUUCCUUUUACCAAAACGAGAUCCCGUGAGUUUUCACCUGUUAGGAAGAUUGAUAGGAGUGCAAAUGCUUUUGUAAUGCACAUCUCGGAUGAUGAGCUGGAUGAUAUGGACAGUGAUGGCCAAGAGGUUUACAAUCAAAGCUUAGUUGCUGGGAGGCGAUUUUCUUGUGAUGAACUGUCUUUGAGUGACAGUGAUGAGUCUGAGUAUGGCUCAGCCAUUGGAAAGCCGUUAUACUUGAUGGACAAAGCAGGAACAGUAGAAGGUGCACUGGUUGAGCUAACUCAUGAACAUUGGCUUGGAGUUGAGGAUGAAAUUAGAAACCAAAUAUCAGCACUGGAGACAGAUUUAUUGAAUGGAAGUGACAAAUUCACUUCUUCACUCGUUCGAGUUGAGAAGUAUACAGAAUCAAGGCGCGAAAUGGACAAGAAGCUUGAUACACAAUAUCAGCGUAAGAUUGCAGAAGCGCUUGAUAGUCACUUGACUGCUGUUCAGAGGGAGCAUGAGCACAGGUCACAAAUUGAAGAAAGGAAGAUAAGAAAUGAUGCUGCUGUUGAAGAGGCCAAAAGAAAAGAAAAAGCUCUUAGAGAAGAAAAGAUGCGCCAAGAAAAAAUUAAAGCUGAGGCUGAGGCUCGACUUGUGGCUGAAAAGAAAAGAGCUGAAGAAGCAAAAAUUGUUGCUUUAGAAGUGGAGAGAAGCACAGUAAAAGAACCUGCAGAAAAGGUAGUGAAGGAAAUUUCAAAAAGGGCUGCUUCUGCUGAAGUGGCAGAGGUGGAAACCCAAGUGCACAAAACAGAUUCAAGUUUGAGUGUUAAGAAUGCUCAAUUUGGAGGAUCUGGUUCUGACACACUGAAAAAAUUGCAGUCAGCAGGUAACAUUCUACAUUCUGCAGAAAAUGCGUUGAAGUUAGAGGAAAUUAGACUUCAGAACUACAAUGAAUUAGUCAAGAGAAACCAGGCAUUGAGAUCAGGGUCUAAUAUGGAUUUUCAGAGCUAUGAACGGAAAAUAGCUAGACAGAUAAAACAAACAAGUGGGACAAAAGAGGCUGUUAGAGCAAAAGCAAAUGAACUAAUAAAGAUUUUCAGUGAUCCUCACUGUCCUCAAUCCAUCACUAUUGCGAUUUUUGCAGAGAAGGUCAUCUCCCUCUGUGAAAACCCUGGUAGUGCAGCUUUUGCUUUGGGCCAUGUCAUUGUUCUUGUUGCUUCAAAGUUCCCACUUGCAAUGGACCUUAUUAUUGCCGAAUUCCAUAGAGCAUGCGUCUAUACAGUCCCAAAGCAUAUAACAUACUCGCAGUCAGUAUUUGAAACAAAGGAAGCUUAUAAAAAGAUCAUUGGCUUUCGAGAAGAAGAUGGUAAGCUUGAAAGCACCAAACAGUAUUUGCAACGGCUAGAGUCAUACAUGAAACUUUAUGGAGCACUGGUACAGACACAGAUUGAAGGUGUUCAAAAUUCGUAUGGCCUGAAUGAAGGUUGGGCAUGGGUUGCAAGGUUGCUUAAUGCUCUUCCGGCCAAUAUUUAUACAGCAGUGGCGUUGGAGGCAUUCUUGAAAAUGGCUGGAUUUGCUCUCUUCAAGAAAUACAAAUCUCAGUUCCGAAAGAUAAUGAACGUCGUCUCCCGCGACUUUGUAGGUAUGCUGAAAGCACAAAGAGAUCCAGGGCUGGACCUGAUUAUCAGGAGGAUAGAAACUUACAUAGAAACAAAACAGUUUCUUCAGGAACCAGAGGGAUGGAGGCUGCCAAGUUCUGCAUUGUCUAGUUCUCUUGUUCCAAGUCAAGAUUACAGAGAACCAUAUUAUGAUGGAUCCAAUAGAUUUUACUAAGCAUUAGAACUCAAAACUUUGUCAUGGCCGUUGCCAAAGUAUUUGAUCUGUUGUGCUUCAUCUCUGUUGAAAUGUGUGUAAAUUUUGGUAUUAGUUAAAGAUAUAUGCAUGUAUGAAUAAACAUGCUGCUCGAUAUUUCUUGCA